AUGGCGGUGUGUAAAGUGCCCAAUGGCGGCUCACGGCAAGCAUGCUCCAUGGCCAAAAGAGAUCACUUGAAAGACCAACUAGGAAGAGCAGUCUGUUGGAGGCAUUCAACUGAUUGGCGCCUAGACACAAAGGAGGUCUUUUGUCAAUUGCCUUUGCCAUAUGUAGAAGAGGAGUUCAAGAUUGACUUGACAUGGAAAGAGUCUGUGGCCAAAGAUGAUCUGCCUCCUUAUGUACACAUCAGGCGUAAUAUUUAUCUUGGGAAGAAGAAACGUGACAAUGCUAAUGAUGGUGUUGGGUGCACUAACUGUGGCCCUACUUGCUGUAGAGGCUGUGUUUGCAGGGUUCAAUGUGUAAGUUGUUCAAAGCGAUGUGGUUGCCCUGAAACUUGUGGAAACAGACCAUUCCGCAAAGAUAAGAAGAUCAAAAUUGUUAAGAUAAAAUUAGCAGCGGAAUCCAUUUACAAAGAGGACUUCAUUGUUGAAUAUAUCGGUGAAGUGAUUAGUGAUGCUCAGUGUGAGCAAAGGCUUUGGGAUAUGAAGCAUAAAAGAAUGAAAGACUUCUACAUGUGUGAGAUUCAAAAGACCUCACAAUUGAUGCUACCUUCAAAGGAAACGCUUCUCACUUUCUACAUCACAGCUGCAACCCAAAUUUUGUUUUGGGGAAGUGGUAAAGCAUAG